UGCUACGAAAAUGUCACUGGCAAAACAUGUCCUUCAAAUAUUUUCUCAAAAUCAAUGUUUUACUGCAAAUAUAACGCUUAGACUACCACGACCCUCAGUUUGUUUUGCACAAGUUCGUCAUGGGCACAGUCGUACACCCCCACGUCACAACAAAGCCCCCUGGCUUGUGAAGAAGAAAACGAGUCCACUAGAGCAUGACUUAACCCCGGAAAGCAAGGCGUUUCUGAGGCAGGCGGCAUUGUUUAAGUACAAAAACACAACUCCGAGUCCGCUCAGAGAUGAACCAUGGGAGAGAAAUUCGUUCACACCAAAUACGAGACGGACAGGGGUGAUAGGAAUAAAAAUUGGAGUCAUUCCACAGUGGAAGAGAGAUGGAACAAAGAUACUGUGCCAGCUAGUUCAAGUUGUUGAUAACCAUGUGAUACGAUACACACCUCCGGAGCAAUAUGAGAAAUCCCUUGGUUUCAACCCCCACUGGCGAGGGAAAGGAUUUGGUUCUGUUGUCGUGGGAGCCUUAAGCUGUACACCCUUCAAUUUCACAAAAGCGUACACAAACCUGUUCCUAGAGGCCGGUGUUCCUCCUAAGAGGAUCAUGUCCAGAUUCUGGAUCACACCAGACGCAGCUGUUCAACCAGGUACACCUUUAUCUGUGAUGCAUUUCAAACCUGGAGAUUAUGUGGAUGUGUCGGCGAAAACUGUGGCUCGAGGCUUCCAAGGAGUCGUAAAGAGAUGGGGGUACAAGGGCGGUCCCGCUUCACACGGUGCAACCAAGUUCCACCGGAAACCCGGGUCAAUGUCCGCAGGGAAGCAGACCGGUAUGUGGAAGGGAACCAAGAUGCCGGGGCUGAUGGGGAACCGGUGGAGAAUCACCAAGGGGAUUAAGAUUUGGCGUAUCAAUACAAAGCUGAACAUUCUGUACCUGGGCACGGGUUGUCCUGGACCUCACCAUGGUUAUAUGCGAAUCUACGACACCGGACUUCGCCAUCGCCAGGAAACACGGGAAGAGAGACUCGGGCCCGUUGUCAUGCCAACAUUCUAUAAGGACGAUAUAAAGGAGGAUAUUCCCGAAAACAUCUAUGAUGACGAGCUGUUUAAUUUUGGUGAUACUACUAUACAGUUCACUGAGGAGAAAGAAAACUGAUGUGAACGCGCUUUGAUUAGAUGAAAGAAUUAAUUGAAGAGUGUCUUCAUUCAUAUAGUUUGCUUGCGAGAAAAUGAUUUUAAUGGGAGAUUUGUAGUUUGGCGAUGGAAUUUAUGCUAUGUGUUCAACUACAUUUAUAAAAGUUGUCAACUUUAAAGGAGAAAUUUAAUGCAAUUGUUUAAAGGUGAAUGGAUUUAUAGUUCAUUUGAGAGGAUGCUUUGUCUUAGUGCACAGCAAGCAUUUUAAGAGUCAUUAUAUAUAUAGAAACAGAUCAUUUGCACUCAUGAAUAAUUUGGUUGAUAUGCAAGUUUCUGAUUUUGAAAGAUGUAGUUGAAGAAGUAAAAUAUUUGUUUUGGUAUGAAAUAUCUAAGAAAUAAAAAAGUU